CCCUCCCGGAGCCCCCCCAGCUCGAGGCCCCCUCCCUGCUCGAGGUCGGUGCCACCUCCCGCGCCCGCUGCCGCGUCGCCGGCGCCUUCCCGGCGGGGGACACCCGGGUCACCCUCGCCCUGGGCGGGGACACGCUGGACUCCACGCUGGCGGUGUCCGGGGACACGGUGACGGCCGUGGCCGAGCUGUCCCCGAGCUCGCCGGGCACCCGGGACCUGUCCUGCACGGCCGCCGUGGCCGCGGCGGCUCGGACGGUGCGGCGGCAGCUCCACGUUUACCGGUUCCCGGCGCCCCGGCUGGAGCUGCUCCCGGUGCCGGCGGUGGAGGGCACGGAGGUGACGGUGACGUGCCGGGCUGAGGCCACCGAGCCCCCCGGGACCACCGAACCCCCCGGGACCACCGAGCCCCCUGGGACCACUGCCGAGCCCCCCGGGGCCACCGAACCCCCCGGGACCACCACUGAACCCCCCGGGACCACCAAAACCCCCGGGGCCACCGCCGAGCGCCCCGGGACCACCGAACCUCCUGGGACCACCAAACCCACCGGGACCACCACCGAGCCCCCUGGGGCCACUGAACCCCCCGGGACCACCACUGAACCCCCCGGGGCCACCACCGAGCCCUCUGGGGCCACCGAGCCCCCCGGGCCGGGGCGGCUGCAGCUGCUCGGGGCGGACGGGGGGGUCCUGGCGGAGGGGCCGCGGCCCCGGCUGGAGCUGCGGGUGGUGGCCCGGCGGGAGGAGGACGGGCGGGAGCUGCGGUGCCGGGCCAGCCUGGCCCUGGGGGAGCGGCUGCUGACCAAGGAGGCGGUGACGCGGCUCGUGGUGCACUACGAGCCGAGCAUCCCCGAGCCGGGCUGUCCGGAGCGGCGGCUCUGGCUGGAGGGGACCCCGGCCCAGCUCGGCUGUGCCGCCACCGGGAACCCCCCGCCCCGGGUCACCUGUGCCAAGGUGGGGGACAGCCGGGACCACCCCCCGGUGACGGCCGAGGGCGUGGGGGACACGUGGGACCACCCCUUGGUGACACCCAACGUCACCCGGACUGAGCUGGGGGGCACCCGGGACCCCCCCUGGGUGCCCCCCAACGUCACCUGGACCAAACUGGGGGAGAGCCGGGACCCCCCAGUGCCCCCCAGUGUCACCCGGACCAAACUGGGGGACACCUGGGACCCCCCCUUGGUGACCCCCAACAGGGUGGGGGACACCCGGGACCUCCCAGUGCCCCCCAGCGUGACCAGGACUGAGCAGGGGGACCCCCAGGACCCCUCCUUGGACCCCCCCCGGGUGCCCCCCCCCGUGACCCGCGCCCACGCCGGCACCUACCAGUGCCGGGCCACCAACGCCCACGGCUCUGCCACCCGGAACGUCACCGUGGCCGUCGAGUACGGUCCCGCCGCCGUCACCCUCCGGGCUCUGCCCUCUGCCAACGUCACCCGGGGCAGCUCCUUCAGCCUGGACUGCGGCGCCGAGGGGGUCCCGGCGCCCACCUUCGCCUGGGCACUGCCCCCCGCCCCCAACCUGCGCCUGGGCCCCGACAACCGCUCGGUGACCGUCACCGGGGCCACCGCGGCCAACCGGGGCCUCUACACCUGCACGGCCACCAACCGGCACGGCCGCGGCGCCGGCAGCGUCCUGGUCAGCGUGGACGAGAGCUGGCUGGUGGCCCUGGUGUCCCUGUCCUCGCUGGCGGGGGUGGCCGCGGUGGCCCUGGCGGUGGCGGGGGGGCUGUACCUGCGCAGCCCCGCCUGCAAGAAGGGCGAGUACAACGUGCGGGACGCCGAGGGCUCCUCCGAGGCCGCCCGGCUGCACCGGCCCCGCCGCGGCCCCCCGGACAUCUUCGGCAUCCCGCUCACCCCCCCCUGAGCUGGGACCCCAAAACAUCCCCCCCGACCGGGCUUUUGGGGGGCACAAGGAGUGGGACACCGAGGGACCCGGCAAAGUCAUCCCUCGGCCCCGGCACGGCCCCCCCGGACAUCUUCGGCAUCCUGCUCACCCCCCCCGAGCUGGGACCCCCAAAUCCCCCCCGACUGGGAUUUUGGGGGGUACAACAUGUGGGGCACCCAGGGACUCUUCAAAGGGGGUUUUUGGGGACCCCACAGCCCCUCUUCCCCAUCCCAGGGGGUUUUUGGGGUCCCGCCCCUGUCCCGGGGGGGUU